CAUCGGAGUGGUUCUUUCACCACAACUAUCAUUGACAGCCCGUCUUGGAAGAGAAUAUGCCAAGCUGAUGAUUUCUGCAAAGAAAAUUCUAACUUCAACAAUGGCAUGCUCUCCUGGGAGUUAGGGACCCAGGGCACGUUCUCCCUUAAAAAUGUCUCCCUCAAGCUACAGGAAACUGGCCCUUCCAUGCUCAAUGCAAAGAUCCCCUGGCCCAAGAAAGGAAUUCCAAAAGCUAACCUGUUCCUUUGGAAAACCCUAAACAAAGCCACCCCCUUCGCUAAUAACCUCCAAAAGUUGGGCUUCAGCCUCCCCUCCAUCUGCAUGUUCUGCGCGCAAGAAAGAGAAUCAGAUUUCCAUUGCCUUAUGCUCUGUCCCAAAGCUAGUAGCAUCUGGAAUAAUCUUGGACAACUACUCCACCUGCCUACGAUCUCCAAUUCGUCCUUCCAACAUAACUUAAUCAUGUGGUGGCUUUCCACGUCUCCAUCUGAUCAUCUCUUCCAGGUCAAACGCAUUAUCCCAUCCAUUAUUACGUGGGAGCUGUGGAAGACUUAUAACCGGGUGAAACUGAACCAAGAAACAUUUAAACCAGAGAAAACUCUUGAAGUAAUCAAACACACCCUCAAUGCAUGGUCACUUGCAAACAAAGGAACCAUUCUCCCACCCUCACUCCACCGGAAACCUCUCACCUCAUUCAAGCUUAUUCGUUGGAUCCCUCCAAACCCCUAUCAACUCAAGCUUAACGUCGAUGGUAGUGCAAGCACUCGUGGAUGCGGUGGCGGAGCUGUUUUAAGAGAUCACCAGGGCAAAUUCCUCCACGGUAUAACCUUCCCCCUUCCAAAAACCUCACCACUUUGCACAAAAACCCUUGCAAUGAUGCAAGCCCUGAGCGUUUAUCCCUUCCCCAACAUGAUAGUAGAAACUGACAGCAUGGAACUCCUCUCAAAGCUGAGACAUUCUCCGACGUCAAAUGCUCUUUCAUUCAUCAUGGACAAGAUACAUCAUCUUAAUCUUCGCAUCACCCACACCCUUAGAGAAGCCAAUGGUGCAGCUGACCUUCUUGCAAAACAUGGAGCACAGAGCACUCAUUGUAUUUUCUUUGACAGUUUUUCCUCACUUCCUAAGUCUAUUUCUGCUGUAAUUGCUUUGGACAAACUUGUCCCCUUUAUUAAAGUGCAAUAAAAAUCCUCUCUUAAAAUAAUAUAUAUAUAUAUAUAUAUAUAUAUAUAUAUAUACAUACUAGCAUGGGACACACUUCGUGUGUGUGUGCCCAGAUAUAGAUAUAUUAACUAAGUAGAAGUAUAUUAAUAUUAGACAAAAGAGUGAUUGUUACAUUAGAUGUAAUAUAUUACAAACUACAAACUUUAUUAGAAGGAGUUACAAAAUUUGGAACUUACUUUGUUCCAAAAGAGUGAUUGUUACAAAAGAGUGAUGGUUAUAUUAGAUGUAGUAUAUUACAACUUAUAAACUGUUUUAGAGGGA